CGCCAGGCGCCGUAGAGGGCAGCCGUCGGGCAGCAUGGUGUCCUCACAGGCGCUCCUGUGGGUGCCGUACUGCAUCGCAGUAGUUAUGCUCGAGUCGUGCUCUUAUGUGGUGCGCGCGCAGCAGUCCGAGUACCUUUUGGUACCGAUACUCAUGGGCUGCCUCGCGGCGAUCAUGAGCAUGUAUCUGCUCCGCGAGGACUGCACGUCUGCGGGCGGCUACGCGGCCUCCAUAAGUCGCGUGUCGGGUUCGAUCUUCUUCGAGGGCUACGUCUUCAUGUUCGUGAGCCUCGUGACCGUCGCCGUGUACAUCCUGGGCCGCAUCAACUUCAUCCAGGACCACAAGAUCCAGCGGCUGGCCGACAAGCGCCCGCGCAAGGCGGGACGGCUCCUGAAGUCGGGCACGAUGGCGGUGAAGGCUAUGAAGGGGAGGCUCACAGAACGAUGCUGCGCGAGCGACGACGUCGCGCGGAAGCGAUGUGACAUGGUCAUACGCUACGCCAUCAUCCUCGUCUGCAUCACGGCGGUCGUGCCCGACCGCGCCGACAAGCAGCGAACUGUGUGGAAAUCAAAUUUCAGGCGCCCCACGCCAUCGACGACACGUCGUUCCAAUGAGUGCGUCUGCGCGAUGGCGUGGAGGUUCACAUAGUCCUCAGGAAAACGUAACUCACUGGUUGAUUUCCACACAGCUGCGACCUCGACCCGAGCGCGGGCUCCUGCAACAACCGGAACAUGCGGACGAUGCACUUCAUCGGCAUCGGCGGGGGCGUCAGCAUCACGCUCUUCGCCGCGCUCGCGCGCGCCGUGCUGACGACGAUGGAACUCAACGCGGACGGUUCGUGUUCUUUGACCAUGAAGGAACUCUACACGACCGACAAAGGAAAGCGGCGCGCGCGCUACGCCCUCGGUUCGGCCCUGCUCGCGGCGCUCGCCGCACUUGGCUUCCUCGUCGCGUUUAUGGUCGUCCUGGCCGACCCGGAGGAGGCCGCGGACAUGCACCUGUGCAUUCUCUACGACAGCCGGGCGGCGUGCCUCGGCGAGCUCGUACCGCGGCGCUGGUACAAUUUGACCGUCGCCGAGCUCGGCGCGUGGCCCUGCGAAUGGGACGACGCCGCGCUCGUGACCGAGAGCCCGUGCGUGAACCCGAAGUGCGAGGACGGCGACGUGCUCCACGACAACCAGCUCCGCAUCGUCUGCGAGUUCCACCUGCUGCUCUACUGGAUCGUCACCCUCCUGUGCACGGUGAUGCUCAUGGAGGACGCCGAGGUCUGGACGCCGAUCGCGCAGGGCGCCGGAAAUUGGGAUUCGAAGCCGCGCGGCGACGGCGACGGUGAGGGUCGAGGGCCGCGCCACGAGAACCCGGGAAAGGUCGCUCCGGAAAAUCCCCACCCCGGCGACCCCUCGUAAGUAGCACACCACACCUUAGUACGAGCCUUCAGGG